UGGGCUGUGUCUGGUCAUUUGAACGACGACGACGGUUAGUGUUAACGUGUUCGAGACGGUGAGCUGUUAAAUAUUACGUUAACAGCUUGCUAUACUUAACGACGUUUGUUUUAUUCGAUUUACCAUCUGCUCUCUGCUGAUAUUAUUUGGAAACGUCGAAUAUAUUAUAUAAUACAGCAACUGAGUCAAACUAUUCAAGCCACUAUGGAGUUGACCAGCAAGAUGAUGACUAAGGAGAAGAAUUCGCUAUCUGAAAUGGCGGUUAUUCGUCAGAGGGAAGGCAUAAACGUGAUUUUUGUUGAAGACACACGGUCCAGCUCAGCUUCUCCCCAACCACGUUCUCGCUCCCGCUCCAGAAGCAGCCAUGACAGUGGUUCCUCUGGUGCCAGCCGCAGACGCCACCACGCACGUCGGACCUGCAGAGGACGUCACAGGUCUUCGUCAAGCUCUUCGUCUAACUCGUCAACCAGGAGUAGCUUUCGCUCGAGGUCCCGCUCUCAUCCUCGUUGCCACAGAAACUCCUCCCGUUGUCGCUGUUGCAGUCAUCGUCGAUAUGGCCACAGGCAUCAACAUCGCCGCUCCCCACCACGUCGCUACAGGGCCCACUCUCGUUCCUAUAGCCGCUCACCAUCGCCGCACAGAUCCUUGAGUCACAAAAGCUAUAGGUCCCGCUCCAGGUCAGGCAGCCAGAGGAGAGUCAACAGUCUGUUUAUGGGUCAGCACGGAUUAAGAUUUUCUCCCUCCAAGUCCUACAGAAGCCGGUCCAGGUCCUCGGAUCAUUCUGUUGUCAGAUUGAACUCGGAUGGAAAAAGAGAACGUCUCAAAGCUGCAAAAUCCAAUGCAACCAAGAUAUUUGCUACAGAGCAGGUGGAGCUUCCAGAGAGUGUGAAACCCACUUUUGAGGAGCAGUCAGCACGCUUGGCAGAACCAGAGACAUGGGUGAGACCAGAGCCUGUCAGUGAAAAGAGCCCUUCUCAGGACAAAGAGAUGGAAUCUGAUGAGGAUGUCCCCAGUCCAAAGAUGUCUCCAAAAAGGAAAAGCAUUUCGUUCAGCAUUCAUAACUCGGUGGCUAAGCCCACAGUUGUGCCUCCAAAUUGCGCAAAGGUAACUUCCAGAGUUGACAGCUAUGAAAGCAGGAAGCCCUAUGGUCAUUGGGUUCCAGUCAGAAAAACAGCCCCCUUGUCACGCAAAUACAGAGUUACCACAUCACGCUAGUUUGGCAGAAUACAUGGACACUGUAAAUACUCUAAAUAGCUUGUACAUAUCAAGGAGCUGGGACUCUGACAUGGUAGAUAUUUUCUUUCAGAUGUAAAUAAGUGGGAAGAAGAAAUGGAAGAUUUCGCUCAGGUGGGAUGUUUUUCUCCUUUUGUCCCGUUAUUCAGAUCAAAUAAAUAUUUUUUGAA